AUGGCCGAUAAUACUACUCCUUUGCCCAGGCGGCGUCAAUUGAGAGAACGAACAAGAAAAUUAUAUACUGACGACUUCACAUAUGGUGAUGAAGAAAUUGAGGGUAAAAGAACUUUUCAACUCGAUGAAAAAAUAGAAUGUGAAAGAUAUGACCUUAAAAACUUUUCGGGACUUUUUCGUGAAAUGACUGGACCAGAGCUAAAUCUUGCUUAUGUGCAAAAACAUGGCUUAAAUAUUCCAUUACUUUUUAGAGACAGUUCUGGACUCGGUUUAAGAGUUCCAAGUUCUAAUUUUUCAAUUAACGAUGUUAGAACUUGUGUUGGAUCAAAGAGAAUAUUAGAAGUUAUGGAUGUAGAUACACAGAAAAACGAAGAAAUGUCAAUGAAAGAUUGGCAAAAAUAUUAUGAAGAUCCAGAAAAAGAAAGAUUACUCAAUGUAAUAUCGUUAGAAUUCAGUCAUACAAAGCUGGAAAAUUAUGUUCAAUCUCCGACAAUAGUAAGGCGACUAGAUUGGGUCGAUACAGUUUGGCCGCAGCAUUUAAUAGAAGCACAAACUGAAUCUACCAAUGUACUAGGAGAUAUGAUGUAUCCAAAAGUAAAAUUGUAUUGUUUAAUGUCAGUAAAAGGUUGUUAUACUGAUUUUCAUGUUGAUUUUGGUGGAACUAGUGUUUGGUAUCAUAUUCUCAGAGGAAAAAAAGUAUUUUGGUUGAUUCCACCCACUGAAAAAAACUUAGACUUAUAUCAAGAAUGGGUUUUAAGUGGCAAACAAUCAGAUGUGUUUUUUGGUGAUAUGGUUGAUCGUUGUGGUCGGGUGUCCCUUGAAGCCGGUAUGACUCUUUUUAUUCCAACUGGUUGGAUCCAUGCAGUUUAUACCCCAGCAGAUUCUUUAGUAUUUGGUGGUAAUUUUUUACACAGUUUUGGGAUUGAAAAACAACUCAAAGUUGCUCAAGUAGAGGAGCAUACAAAAGUUCCUCAGAAAUAUCGGUACCCAUUUUUUACAGAAAUGCUUUGGUAUGUGUUAGAGCGUUAUGUUCAUGUGCUUUUGGGCCGUAGUCAUUUAGACGUUCCAGAAGCUCAUCGUCAGCAUUCUUGGUACCGUUUAUCACCACCGCAAUAUCAUCAACAUCUAACGCCGUUUGAAUUACAUGGGCUAAAAUCAAUAGUUAUGUAUUUACAUUCGCUACCAUCAACAAAAAAAAAUGUACCAGAAUUAAUUCGUGAUCCUGUAGCUUUAAUUCAUGACGUAAGAGGCCUAGUUGAGCAACACAGACACGAUAAUCCCGAUGCAGCUAUUACGGGUCAUCCAAUUUUACCGGCACCGCCACCUAUGAGCAUUGCUGAACGAGAAUUUCUUAAAGUACCUAAAAAACAAUACCCGAAGAUUCCAAAACUAGAAACCAAGUCAAUGCCUCGAAGACGACGAACGAGGUGCAAAAAAUGUGAGGCGUGUACCCGACAAGAUUGUGGAGAAUGUGUUUACUGUCAAGACAUGGUUAAAUUCGGUGGCAGUGGACGAGCUAAACAAACUUGUAUCACUCGCCAGUGUUUGAGGCCAAUGUUACCCGUAACUGCAGCUUGUAAGCUGUGUAAACUUGAUGGUUGGGGACAGCAACCGGCACCAUUAAUGGGCAAGCCAAUAUCUGGAGUGCCGUCGAGCUUGAUGGAGUGCUCUAUUUGUUUCGAUAUCGCUCAUCCAGAGUGUUUAGGAGUUGAACUGCAAAAAGUAGUAGUUAGUGACGAUGUACCCAACAGUUGGGAAUGUCCGUCUUGUCUUCAAAGUGGCCGAAAUCUAGAUCACAGACCACGUCAGGUAAAGGCACGAAUUCGCAAAGUAUCGGUGUCUAGCGCUGCCUCAUCUGCUCCGACGACUGAUUCUGAAAGAGCUACGACACCAAGUAAAAGAGCAAGACCAGAGCCGACUGAGACAUGGAACGACCGUGAACCUGCUGAAGGUGAUCAACGAACAGCUUUGAGGACUCAAUUGGCUGCGCAAUUGGUUGGUUCAAGCAAUAAAUCUCUAAAGAAACCUCACGUAGUUGUUAGACCCGUCCAGUUACCAUUAGCUCAACGUUCUGAACCUAAUAGUCAGUUGCCACCGAUAUAUGAUAGGACAGUACUUCUCGCCAUAUUUAAAUUUUUAAAUCCAAAAGAUUUAGCAACGUGUGCUUUGGUUUGCCGGACUUGGGCGAGGUAUAGUAUUGAUCCAAUUCUUUGGCAGCAUAUGAAUUUAACGCGGACACAUCUAACUGCUGCACAUUUGACUGGAAUUGUUCGAAGACAACCUGCUAGUUUAUGCUUAGACUGGACCAAUAUUGCUAAGAGACAAUUAGCUUGGCUGUUAGGAAGACUUUCUCAACUUCGGCAUCUAUCACUGCAAGGUUGCAAUUGGGCUACUGGUGUUUGUGCUCUGAAAACCUGUACAUGUCCACCAUUAACAAGCUUAGAUCUCGGUUUUGUUUCUGGACUCAAUGAUUCAAGUGUUAGAGAGGUAUUGAGUCCACCUCCUGAUUCAAGACCAGGAUUGAUUGACAAGACUUCAAGAUUGAAACACCUAAAAAUUUUAUCUCUCGCUGGUUGUAAUAUAACAGACGUAGCUUUGCGAUACAUUGCUCAACAUCUGCCUCAUCUAGAAAAUCUGGAUUUAUCUUCAUGUGGUAGAGUUACAGAUGCUGGGGUCGCACAAAUUGCUACUCCUCCUGCACAAGCCAUUAAUAAUCUUGUAUCUCUCAACUUGUCAGACUGUCGCCUUCUGACAGAAACUACUUUAGAACAUUUAACUAGAUGUAAAGCUAUAAAACGGCUUGAUCUUCGACAUACUACUCAAGUAUCUACUCAAAGUGUAAUUAAAUUUGCCGCACGAAGUAUCCAUAGUUUACAUGUUACUGAUGUUAAACUUGUUGAAGAAAAAAAAAUAAAAGAGAAACCAAGAGAACGUGAGGUAUAUAAAUAA